AUGUCUGGAAAUAGGCAUAAGUACCUUAAAGCCUUCCAAAUGGCCGACAAGGACAAAAGCGGCUCCUUAGACAGAGCGGAGCUGGUAAGCGCACUGGAAUCUCAAGGAUUACCAGUAGCUGACGUGGAGAAACUGAUGAAGGAAUUGGACAUAAAUGGAGAUGGUAUUAUACAUUUAUCGGAAUAUGAAAUCGCUUUGGGAAUUUCAAAUCAACCAAUGGAAGCUUGGCAGCAGUUGUUUACUGAACUUGAUUCAGAUGGCUCGGGAACUGUUGACUUCAGUGAAUUGUGCCAA